AUGGCUAAAAUUGGAAUAAAUGGUUUUGGAAGAUUGGGUAGACAGUUAUUGAAAAUAGCAAUAGAAAAAUGCAAAAAGAAAUGUGCCACAGAUGUUUCACGUGUUCUCAUGGUGAAUGAUCCAAAUGUAAAACCGGACUGUUUUGGAUAUUUAUUGAAAAAUGAUUCUCUGUAUGGAAAAUCCCAUAUGGAGAUAGUGGAGAUGGGUUCAUGUCUAAUGAUUGAUAGUCAGAGAGUAGAAAUCACAAGUGAAAGCAAGAUAGAAAAAAUUCCUUGGCAAAAGUGUAAGGUUGACUAUGUCAUCGACACAACCGGACAAAAUCAAAAUUGCAAUAAGGCAUCCGCAUUCUUAACAGAGGGUAUCAAGAAAGUUAUAGUCACAGGUUGUUCGAAUGUACCGAUCUUCAUUGUUGGAAUCAACCAUGCUUGCUUUGAUGUGAACAUGAAAACAGUUUCUGCAGCAUCCCCUUCUCUGAAUGCUGUGAUGCCUGUCUUGAGAGUUUUGCACGAAAAUUUCCAAAUACAGCAAGCCAUGGUAACAGAAAUACAACCUCUAACAAACAGUGAUAAAAUACUGGAUGAUGCUUAUGGAGCGACUAGCUGUAGAAGUAGCAGAUCAUCGCUGACGAGCUUCAGCCCUACACAAAGUUCAUCAGGCCAGGAAUUCGUUAACAGGGUGAUGCCAGAAUUGGAGGGCAAGACUGCAUCAGCGGCCAUCAAAAUUCCAAUACCCUGUAUAGGAGCCAUCGAUGUCACAGCAAAAUUUGGAAAAGAAGCUCCAUAUGAAGUAAUCAAGGACAAAUUCAAAGAAGCGUCCCAGGGUUAUUUGAAAAAUAUUUUGAAAUAUUCUGAAGAAAAUCUUGUCAGCACCGAUAUAAUUGGUGACCCCCAUUCCUGUGUUUUCGAUGCAAAAGCAGGGGUGGCACUAUCAAAAUGUAUGGUGAAAGUGUUUGCUUGGUAUGAUAGUGAAAUGGGAUUCGCGAAUCGAAUAUACGACCUAACAAAUUAUAUGUCAUCUAGAGAAAGUUGUCCUAAAUAA